AUGGGCGACCCGAUCGAAUGGCACCCGGCCCGCAUGCUUCUACGGGAGCGGGCCGAGACCGACAGGGAAAACAACCAACAUACAGCAGCACCCCAGCUUGCCCUCAUCAUCCUCAACCAGCCACUGCGAGACCUGGCUACGCUGGAAGUCCUGUGGAGUAACUCGUUCCUAAGAGUGGCGGCAGAUGGAGGCGCAGAUCGUCUUCUGCGAGCCUCCCAGGAGGGGCAGCAGAAUGGAGGCAGCAGCAGCACCCUCCUUUCUCAGAGUGGACUUGAUGUGAUAAUAGGCGACCUGGACUCGCUGACCAAUGAGGCGCGGCAAUACUUCACCACCGCCGCAAGCUCACACCACACAAAGAUCAUCCACGACCCGGACCAGUACUCGACAGAUUUCGGCAAGGCCGUCAAGUACAUCCGCAGCGCUGCCGCGUCCCCGCCAGGCACCACACCAGCCGACAUUGUCGCCAUGGGCGGCCUCGGCGGGCGGGUCGACCAGGGCCUGAGCCAGCUGCACCACCUGUACCUGUUCCAGACGGAUCCCACCUACGCCGAGGGCCGGCUAUUCCUUGUGAGCGGAGAGUCGUUGACGUUCCUGCUGAAGGCGGGGAGGCAUCGGGUUCACGUCAGGGAGGAGGGUGCGGAGGAUGUGUUUGGGAAGUAUGUGGGUAUCAUACCGAUCAAGGAGCCGAGCGUUAUCACUUUGAGGGGGUUCGAGUGGGACGUGACGGAUUGGAAGACGGAGUUUGGUGGCAUGAUGAGUACGAGCAAUCAUGUCCUGCCUGAUUCAAGGGUGGUCGAGGUUGAGACGACCAAGGACGUGCUCUUUACCAUUUCAUUGAAAGGCUAG